UGUCCUGUCCGGGGAGUUUAACAUUAGCGAGAGGAGGGCGGUGUGGGUGCAGAUUUCCGACCGGUUACGGCGAUACCGAAGACAACGCCGGGGUAGUGAACCUACGGGACCAAGCCCCUCAUAUCUUUUUGACAAAGAACAACACCGGACUGUCACGUUAACCGACCGGGACGAAGGAUUCCGCCGCUGACCGGGUACAACAGGAGUCACGGCAGAAGGACGGCAGCGGGGACGUUGUGAGCAGCUUUGAGCGGUCCGCUGUGGUGAGCAGACCGGGGAGAAGACGCACAGCCGAGGGGACCCCGGAGCGGCCCGGUUACACAUCAGCGCCUGAAGCCGGGGAGCAGGGGGCCGCGUAGCCGGGGAGCGGAUCUACAGUCGGGUUUGAACCGGCGCGGAGAAAAGUAACCACUGUGUGCCGGGUCAACCGGACAGAGACCUCAUGAAUGGAAAUCGGAACAACAGGAGACGUUGGUGCAGCCGCUGAACCCCAAGUCCUUUUCUCGUUGCCAAGGCGACCUGGCUAUGGCACCCUUGGGAAACCCAUCAAGCUUUUGGCCAACUGCUUCCAGGUGGAUAUACCCAAGAUCGACGUCUAUCUGUAUGAGGUGGACAUCAAACCUGAUAAAUGUCCUCGCCGAGUCAACAGGGAGGUGGUGGACUCCAUGGUCCAGCAUUUCAAGGUGACCAUCUUUGGCGACUGUCUGCCAGUUUACGAUGGGAAGAGAAGCCUCUACACUGCUAGCCCACUUCCUGUCGCCACUGGUGGGGUCGAUCUGGAUGUCACCCUGCCAGGUGAUGGCGGGAAGGACCGCCCUUUUAAAGUCACCAUCAGGUUUGUGUCGUUGGUCAGCUGGCACAUGCUGCACGAAGUCUUGACAGGACGUGCCGUGGCUGAGCCAGUGGACCUGGAGAAACCCAUCAGCACCAACCCUGUUCACGCCGUGGACGUCGUCCUCCGACACCUGCCCUCCAUGAAGUACACGCCUGUUGGACGAUCCUUCUUCUCCUCCCCAGAGGGCUACGACCACCCGCUAGGUGGAGGAAGAGAGGUUUGGUUUGGCUUCCAUCAGUCAGUGCGGCCAGCCAUGUGGAAAAUGAUGCUCAACAUUGAUGUGUCAGCCACAGCUUUUUACAAAGCCCAGCCAGUCAUCCAAUUCAUGUGUGAGGUCCUGGACAUACACAACAUUGACGAUAAAAGCGCAAAUGCCCCUCGCCCAAAUCUUUUCACCGAGCCCCACAGGGUGAAGUUCACCAAAGAGAUCAAAGGUCUUAAAGUGGAAGUGACACACUGUGGAACCAUGCGUAGGAAGUACCGGGUCUGCAAUGUAACACGACGCCCUGCCAGCCUCCAGACAUUUCCGUUGCAGCUUGAGAGCGGUCAGACAGUUGAGCGUACAGUAGCGCAGUAUUUCAGAGAGAAGUACAGCCUGCAGCUGAAGUACCCCCACCUGCCAUGUCUGCAGGUGGGCCAGGAACAGAAACACACCUAUCUGCCACUGGAGGUUUGUAACAUUGUACCUGGACAGCGCUGCAUCAAAAAACUAACAGACAACCAGACAUCGACCAUGAUCAAAGCCACAGCCCGCUCUGCUCCAGACAGACAGGAGGAGAUCAGCAGGCUGGUGAGGAGUGCAAAUUACGAGGCCGACCCGUUCGUCCAGGAGUUUCAGUUCCGCGUGCGAGAUGAGAUGGCUCAGGUGACGGGCCGCGUCCUGCCGGCCCCCAUGCUGCAAUAUGGCGGCAGGGUGAGCUCUGAACCAUUUAUGAACCGCACGGUGGCCACACCUAGCCACGGCGUGUGGGACAUGAGGGGGAAGCAGUUUCACACCGGAGUGGAGAUCAAGAUGUGGGCCAUCGCCUGCUUCGCCACCCAGAGGCAGUGCCGAGAAGAGAUUCUUAAGAGCUUCACUGACCAGCUGCGUAAAAUCUCAAAGGACGCUGGGAUGCCAAUCCAAGGCCAGCCAUGUUUCUGUAAAUACGCCCAGGGAGCCGACAGCGUGGAGCCCAUGUUCAGACACCUGAAGAACACCUACGCUGGGCUGCAGCUCAUCAUCGUAAUCCUGCCCGGGAAAACGCCUGUCUAUGCUGAGGUGAAGCGGGUGGGUGACACCCUCCUUGGCAUGGCCACUCAGUGUGUGCAGGUGAAGAACGUAGUGAAGACGUCCCCUCAGACCCUCUCUAACCUCUGCCUCAAGAUCAACGUCAAGCUUGGAGGAAUCAACAACAUCCUGGUUCCACACCAACGACCCUCUGUGUUCCAGCAGCCUGUCAUCUUCCUCGGGGCUGAUGUCACUCAUCCUCCAGCAGGAGACGGGAAAAAGCCAUCUAUUGCAGCGGUUGUGGGCAGCAUGGACGCCCACCCCAGCAGGUACUGCGCUACGGUGCGGGUCCAGAGGCCUAGACAGGAGGUCAUUCAGGACUUGGCUUCUAUGGUGCGAGAGCUCUUGAUCCAGUUCUACAAAUCAACCCGCUACAAGCCAACCAGGAUCAUCUUUUACAGGGACGGAGUGUCAGAAGGACAGUUCAGACAGGUGCUGUACUAUGAGCUGCUGGCCAUCAGGGAGGCUUGCAUCAGUCUAGAGAAGGAAUACCAGCCGGGGAUUACUUACAUUGUUGUACAGAAACGCCAUCACACACGUCUCUUCUGUGCAGAUCGCAACGAGCGGGUUGGACGAAGUGGAAACAUUCCUGCCGGCACCACAGUGGACACAGACAUCACCCACCCCUACGAGUUUGACUUUUACCUCUGCAGUCACGCUGGAAUCCAGGGUACGAGCCGGCCCUCCCACUACCACGUUCUGUGGGACGACAACUGCUUCACCGGCGACGAGUUCCAGCUCCUCACAUACCAGCUGUGCCACACCUACGUCCGCUGCACGCGCUCCGUCUCCAUCCCAGCACCGGCCUACUACGCCCACCUGGUGGCCUUCCGCGCCCGCUACCACCUGGUUGACAAAGAGCACGACAGUGCGGAGGGCAGCCACGUCUCAGGGCAGAGUAACGGCAGGGACCCCCAGGCGCUGGCCAAAGCUGUUCAGAUCCACCACGACACACUGACCACCAUGUAUUUCGCCUGAACGUCCCCCCCUUCACCCUCCCUCCAUCUUUCCCAGCCAGUCUUAGUGUCUGACUCCCAUCAGCAGAGUCGACUUAUCGCGCAGAGUGAUCCCCCCCCUCCCCAUCCUUGUGCUGGUGCAGCUUUGGUCACCGGAGCGCGAUGAGGACGGCUGCGACUGCGUGCUGCGUCAGGAUGUAGUAAGCCAGAGAGGAGUUACAGCCACAUUAUGCAAUAUGAAACCAGCCAGUUGUUUGCAUCUCUCACCUUUACCUCCUCCGCUGUAUUUAAAUCUUUACUUCAAAGCUCACAACUCACAUCCUUGCCUUGCAGUUUUGACAGCAACUCAAAGUUUUCCCCAAUUUUCUCCCUCUUUGUGUUAAAAAAAUGGCAAAUACAAAAACUUAUGAUUUUUUUGGUGCAUGGGUGGAAGCAGAAUCAGUGAGGACCCGACUCACUCGGUAGCCUCAUGUUGAGCCUAUUGUUGCUGAUUCAUAUUGUAGACGGUUUUACAUGUUUUGUUUGUGACUUUUCAGCUUGUCUAGCUACAAUACUGUACGUGUUAUUUUCCCCUCUCGUGUGACAUAACGCUCGUAAAAACGAAAGCUUGACCUUUUUUAUGUUUAUUCCUCUCACAAUGACAGGCUGCCUCAGCGGUAACUCCUCUGUCUCCCUUUAAGCCAGUGGUUCCUCUCAGUCAUUCAGCCAGACAGUAAGACGCAUAGCACUGAAUGAAAUCUUAAUUAACAUUUUUAAACAAAGCCACGUACAGCCAUCGAUGACGCAUUGUACAUCGCAUGAUGCCUUACUGCGAGGCGAGCUGCAUGAAGACGACUGUUGGAAUACAAUGCCAUGGCCGCGGAACGGACAGUUCUAGACUUCUCUCUCUCUUGUAGUUCAGCUUGCACUAUACCAAACCUUUUCUUGUGCGUUUUACUCUUCUUGCUAUUUAUGAAUCAUCAUUCUUUCUAACUUAAAUCAACAUUCAGCAAUAGAUCAGAGCGGAGCAGUCUAUAUCUCCUAACGGUCGCAAGCCUUUUGACUUUUCCCGUUUUUUUAAACGAGGAACUGAGCAAUUUUUAGUUGUCAAGAAACUCCUUCGGUGCAAUAAGGUGUUAAAGCAGAGAGAGCAGGUCCAGUGGGGAAUGUUUUUGAUGAGUAUUCGUGUGGUAAAACUUUGUUUGUUGUGAGCGAGUUUUGGCAAGUGACGAUAAAUUUGGAUCCAGAGACGUAUAUGUGAGGCAUUUGACAUUUGGGUGGAUGAGUAGGACUGACGCUGCAGACGUGAGGGUCAGCUGUGAGGUCUGAUGGUGUUUGGAGAGAUUAAACAAAGUGCCUGAUUUGGUUAGUGUGAACUGUUGGUUGGAUGGAAAGCUUGUAUGUUAAGUUUUGGUGCCUCUGUUCAUACAUUUAGUGAAAGGCUCUCAGAAUCCCCACUGCAAUCCAAUACUUUUGUUCUGCCAUAAAGUUGACUUUUAUGGUGCCUAUGUUAAGUUUUUUGAUUUCCACAUUGCUGACAAUGUCAACAAAAACUGAACUUUAUAAACUUUGUAAAGGUAGACGUUAUUGCAGGACUGUUUAUUGGACUGUAUUAGAUUUUACAGGUGCACCUGUGGCCACUAAGUGUAGUUUUUAGUGUACUUGGAUGCGUGUCCUCACUUGGUGCCCUGAAACGGUAGGACUCACUGCCAGUCAACAACUUCAUGUUCACAUUUCAGAGUCUUUAUCACCUACUGUGGUUUUGCUGCGUUUGUCCUCAGAGGAGUAUCAGUUUCAGUUCUUUAACAGUUCGGAGUAGGGCUGCACUAAUGAUUAUUUUCACCGUUGAUUAAUCGAUUUAUCUAAAAGUAUCAGCAAUGUCUGUUCUAAUUUCCCACAGCCCGUGGAGAUUUAUAUGAUGUCUUGUUUUGUCCCUCCAACAGUCUAAAACUCCAAAGAUAAACAGUUUAACUGGCAUACAUGACAAAGAAAACAUCAACAUGGAUUUAUCAACGAAUCAUUGCAGCUCUAGUGCCGAGAAAUACCUCUGGAAACACUGGUGGCUUAUGGAUCCCAGAUAGUAUCACAUAAAAGGACCUCAACUAGCAAGAAUCAAACAUUAUGAAGGUUAUCGUUAUUUUUUACGCCUUUAAUCGGCCAUUGUUGCAAGAACUUCUUUGGUUUUUCAAUGCCCAGCCGUUGAAUGUGGUCAGUCAUGGCCUCCCAGUUUAGUUUAAUACAGACGGAGCCUUCAGGUUUCAUCACUUGGACCAAACCAAUGUGCCUGGUGGGGGUGGGGGGGUUGAGGGUGGAGGACUUGAAGGGUGGGCCUUACAGCAUCGAGCUGAUCUGCUCUGUACUGCUUACUGCGCUAGCCACAUGUCACCAGAACCAAACUUAAGCUGCUAUAAGAAAAACACAUUUAUUUAAUAUUUCAUCAAAUACUUAUAGGCUAUAUAUUAAUACAGAGAUUAAGAGAAUAAUGGUAUUUUACUGCACUUAAAGAGACGCAUGUUUUUAUGGUUGCACAGAGACGGGAUUCUUGUUGGAAGUCGCCCACGGUUUAAAGCAUUUUAAUUCUAAGAACAUCAGAGCAGCUUGUCUCCCUCUGUUUGUUGUCGUGUUGGAGCUGUUUCUUAAUGAUAGACAUUACCAGCAUUUGAUUUUUACUUGAAGAGAAUUAGUCGUGGGCAUGUUUAACAUUGUUGGCUAAUGCUCUGCUUGUUGUUUGAAAGUCUAUAUGGAGCCUUAUGACCCUUUUACGGCUCAUUAUGCCGGGUACAGUAAAUCCACCUCUAUAGCCCGUUGGCGGGGCUGUUUGUCUGACAGAGCUGGACAUCAGAGGCCUUUGUCCUCAAGAAAUAAAAGCAUUUUUAAGUCUGAAUUGAGAUAUAUUUAUAUGUAGAGAUAUUAAUGUAAUGCACACACCACUUCUUUUUCUUCUUCUAACAAAGUCCUAUUUGAAACAGAAGCUGUAUGGAAACGUUUAAUAACCGUAGUGGUCUGUGAUUUGAUAAUGCAAUAGGUUUACUUGUGUGAAAAGCAAAUGAUGUGUAUUUGCGGCGUCGACCUGCUUUGCGGAGACCGCAGGGGAUCGUUUUUUGUCGUGCAAGUGAUCGGAUGAACCAUCAACCCUCCUCCGUGAAGACGACCUGUGAAGACCUCCCUCUGCUGUUAUUUUAUCAUCUCAAAAGCUCAUCAAAGAAGUCAUCUUUGAAUUUGAUCGAUUUCUCAAUGCACUUGCUAAGCAAAGUUUUUUUUCUUUUUAUUAUUAUUUGUAUUAUUCUCGCAUAUUCAUGAGAGGAGGAGGAGGAGGAGGGGGGUUGAUGGUUCAUCCUCAGACCGAUUUUAUCCGUAAACAGACUGUGCCUUUCCUGAUGGUGCUGAAAAAAAAACUAAGUAAAUCAAAGAAAUCUUAACUUUCAGAAAGGGCCAACAGGCCCGAGUCUACAAUGAUGAGUAUAUAUUGAUACAUGACAAUACUGUAAGGCGUGAUUGUGUGCGUAUAUGUAUUUGUUUUAAGUGUGUGUGUGUGUGUGUGGAUACCUCCGACAUAUGCCAAGAACACAAAAUAUGCAGAACUGAUCAGCGUGGAGCUGACAGGACCAAAAGGCCUGCGGGGAUGGGUUUAGUGGACGGGCACUCAAGCACAACCCAAAAACUAACAUUUCUAACAAAUAAAAUAAAAGUAUCGGGGAACACUCAUGACUCUGUAGGUAACGAGUAGCUCAGUUUAGACGUUAUGUAGCAUUAUUUAUUUAUCUUCCUUUCUAUAGAGACAUGACGCCUCCCUUGCUGCCUCUAAACCCAUUUUUUUUUUUUAUGUGUUCAUUCUUGAAUGGACGGCAAUAACAACGCAAUCCUUAAAGUUUCUGUGCAAUCAGUUUGGCUUCCCCUCAGUGUACGCAUGUCUCUAUCUGACCCCCCCUCUUUAAGUUCUUUCUUUUUUCUUCUAAUGUGAAAUGUAGACGUUUACAGACUCGCGAUAGCUCUUCGGUUGAGUUGUUUCUCCUCGAGUGCCCGUUUCCCAUGUUGAGGAAUUCCCCACGACAAUAAAUCUAUAAACCUCUGUGCUUGGCUGCAUAUCAUAAGCAAAGAAAACAAUGUUUGGGUUUCACAGUAUAUUAAUGUGCUUUUUUUUUUUUUUUUUUUUUUUGUUGUUGCCUGAUUAUUAAAUGGUGUCACUUUUAGAAUUAAAACUGUACGUCAAGACCUUUUUUUUUUUUUUUUUUUUUUAACUCUUAACUCUCAUCUGAUCCUGGUCCUGAGUUGAGCCUUUUUAUUUGGUUGUCAUAUUUAAUUUUUUUGGAAUAAAUACUCUAUGUAUGAAA